AUGGAAGGCUUAAUCCCAUUUCUCUUCCAAGCCCUCAAGAAACCGAGACCUCAUAACCGUUACCGAUCGUUUUCCGAAACCUCGACCCGUAGCUACCACUUGCUAGUUGGAGGAGACUCAGUGGAAGGCUCGUCUCACCGUCGAACCCGGUCGGAGUUUCAGCCACCAACCUUUGAUGUAUUGCAGCAAAAUUCAGGCGUGGAAUAUUUGUCAAACUCAAAAAGCUUCAGCAGAGGUUCUGUGCUCUCUCCUGGAAAUCCAAAUGGCUUUAAGCAGAUUGGUUCCAAUGCUAAUUACCAAGUGUCAAAGGGAACCAACUUGAAUCACUUUUCAAAAGCCUCCUUGUAUGAUUGGGAUGAUCAAGACGAGGCAGAAGAAGAAGAGUGUGAAACCGAGAAAAAUGAUCCAUCAGUGGAGGAAUACCGGAUAUGA